CCUGGGGAGGGGAGACGCAGGCCGCGCUCAGGGAGGGACCCAAGCACCGGGUCAGGCCAGCAGGGUGGGAUGUGGCCCUCAGGAUCACCGCCUGCUGCACACCCUUCCAGUCCGACUGCGCCCCGACUUUGAGUUCUGGAUGCAGUUAGGACUCCAGGGGCCUGGAGGGUGCAGUUCUCCCCACUCCGCGUCCUGGCGCCGCGGGGGCAGUGGUGAAGCCACAGGACCCGGGUGGGAGUGGGGGGUGGAAUUGGGGGGCGUGCAGGGGUCUCCCACCUGCUCCAGGCCGCUGUCUGGGGCCUUUCUGCGGGGGGGCCAGGUCACUGCCAGCUUUCCGUCACCCCGGCUCGCUGCGAGGGAGGAGACAGUCAGCUGGGGUCCCUCCUAUCACCAGAGAGGCCGCGCCCCUUAAAUACAUACAGGUGUCCACACAAACACACCUGUCCCCAUGGGGGCCUCCGCCCAGUUCUGGGGAUGAGGAGCAGGGAACCCCCUCCCCAAGCCUCGGUGGUGUGAUCUGGACUCCAUCCUUUCAGGUGGAAUGGGACGCAGAGGGGUUUACAUCUCUGCCCUGGACCUGAAGCGCAGAUCGGAGGCCCAGGGUCACGCAGAGCUCAGACUGAUGUUUCCAGAGCUGGAUUUUGGCUCCCCUGGAUUCCACUGCCUGGCAUUCUGUGUGGCAGGCGAUGCCAGCCUUUUGGUCCUUCGUUCCAGAAACCUGGAAGUGAGCCCCCAUCGCCCUUUCCUCAGCCCCUGCCCAGUCCCCCAGGAAGCCCCGUGCUUCUGCCUCCAGCCCUAUGCUGAACCCACCCAUCCUGUCCACCCUGGACCCCGCUGGCCCUUCUGCCCAAACUCUGCCACCAAACCUAGGAUACAAAUUCCCCUUCCAGCAGGCGAGUGGCGCACACCGGAAGCCCCAGCUCCGCAGGGACUGGGGCAGGAAGGCCUAGAGUCUGAGGUCAGAAUGGGCAACCCAGUGACUACGCCAAACCCUGUUCCAAAACUUUUAAAAAUUUGUUUAAAAAGGACAGAGAGCACUGCUCAGUGUGCAGGCCCUGGUUUAUCGUCCAGGACUGCAAUAAAGAAAUAACCAGCCCUGUCAUCCCAGCACACUGGGAGGAGGGUCUCUGAGCUCAAGGCCAGCCUGGGUUACAGAAUGAGACCCUGUCUCAAAAACAAACAAAAAAUAACUAUGUGCAUAAAGUGAGAAAUAAAAAGGGCUGAGGGUGCUGCUCAGUGGUAGAAUAGCCCGAAGUUUCUGCCCUGAUACAAAAAAAAAAAAAAAUUCCUCAGCCUUCUGAGUGCCAGGAUGGCAGGUGUGCACCUAGCUUGGGACACAGACGGUUGUGACACGGGACAGCUAACCCUGUGGUACCCAAGGCAACACGAGAAGGUUUGUUCUCCAACAAGGCCCAGGGCCUUUGCCCAGAGCUGCAUCUUCAGCCCUUGCUACCUUUUAUUCCCAGUCGGGCUCUUGCCACACUGGUACCUUGCUGUCAUGGCCCAGAUCUAAAGUGGCCCCGAUACCAGAUGCCAUGGCGCACACCUCUCAGCCCAGCUCUCGGGAAGCUGAGGCAGGAGGAUCGCCCUGGGUGUGAGGCCGGCCUGAGCUACAUAGCAAGACCCUGUCUCAACAAAACAAAAUGAAAAAUAAAAUGUUGGGCCUGGGGAUUUAGCCCAGCGGCAUAGGCACCUGCCCUGUAAGCAGGCGGUCAUGAGUUCGAUCCCUGGUACCAGAAAAAAGAAAAAAAGAAAAAGAAAUGUCCCUUCAAGUCCCAUGCGGAGAGGGGGCCUGGGUCACCUGGACCCUGCCUUCCCUUCACUGUCUGCUUCCUGGCUGCCAUGGUGUGGGCAGUGUCUUCCUCCAGGGCCUUCCCCGUGCAGCUUCUGCCUCUGAACCGCCAACCAUGGACUGAACUCUCUGAAUCCGCAAGACAGACAACCCACUCCUUAAAUUGCCAAUGUCGGGGAUUCCAGCAGUGGAAAAGCUGACUGAUGCAGUCAUCCAUGCUGGGCUCAGACUUCCAGUCCUCCCGUCUCAGCCCCUCAGAAUGCAGGGAAAACAAGAUGCACCCCACUCCCACCUAACACUGAACAGACAGUCAUAAAGUCAACCUACAAACAAAUAAACUACAUUGUCUAGUAGAACCAACCCAACUGUCCAAUGAUAGAUGACUGAAUCAACAGCAUGGCCCAUCUAUAAAUGGAAAAGAAAGAAAGGACAGAAAGGAACAGCACUGGUCCACGUUGCAACACGGAUGACCUGGAACACAUGACACAGGGAGAUGGAAGCCCGGCCCUGUGGUGCCUUCCCAUAGCCGGUGGCCGAGAGCUCCCUCUACCGACAGCGGCUGGAGGUCAUCGCCGUAAGUGACCCCGCCCGGGAACCCCAAGGCCUCCCUCCCCUGCCGGGUCCAGGGCACCCCAUAAACCCCAGCAUGCCGCCUCCAUUCUCCCGCUUUCUGCUCCCUCGGAAAGGUGGGGCUGCAGCCCGGCACGCCCAGACAUUCCCAGACACCCCAUGUCCGAGCCCCUGCCAAGCCCUGCGGCUUAGCACCCCAUCCCUGGAGCCCUCCCUAGGGACCCUUUGGCCCAGCCCUUCCGCGGACUCCGCCCCGCCUCCAUCUCGUACUCUUGUCUCUCAGCCCCCAACUCUCUGAGUUCUGCAUCACUUCCCAGCCCUCCUCUGGACCCCGAUUUCCCUGCCCCCCCAUAUUUGCACCCCCACUUCUCUGACCCCCCAAAUCUCUGAUCUGCAUCUCUGUGCCCCAUCUUUCUGUUCUCCACUUCUUCCCUGGUCUCUCCGGGGUUCUCCCAGCUGUACCCCACCUCGGACUGACACCUUCCUGCGCAUCCCCAAAUCUAGACCCCUCCCACCUCUGCGCACCGGAUCCGGGGAUCCCCUCCGACUGGAUUUCCCUACCCGAGGCUCCGCCCCCCAACCCCUCCAGGACCCCUAUUGGGCGCGGCGUGGCCUCCGCUGCCUCUCGGCCACGCCCCCUGCCCGCUGCCGCUGCUGAGUCAGCGCCUCGACGGCCCCUCCCCCUCUCAUACCCCACCCCCCAGCAGGGCUGGACCCCCGGGAGGGGAGGGGGAGGGAAGGGAAGGGGGAGAGGAGGUCCCGCCCAGCCCGCGCUCUGCGCAGGAGAAGCGGCGGCUGCAGGAGCGGAUCCGCGCCGCACGCCGCGAGCUGGAGGAGGAGAAGCUGCGCGUGCAGCGGCUCAAGAGGAAAUCCCUGCGCGAGCGCUGGCUGAUGGACGGCGCCGCGGAGACCCCGCAGCAGCCCGGGGACCCCGCCGCCCAGGAUCCCCAGUCACCCGAGGGCCAGGCCCAGACUCGCAUCCGCAGCCUGGAGGACAGCUUGUUCACGCUCCAGGCCCAGCUGCAGCUGUUGCAGAGCGCGUCCGCGGGCGCGCAGCCCCGAUCCCCGGCCAGGCCCGCCUGGCGCAGGCAGGGUCACCGGCCUCUCUCCCAGCCCGCCAUGGAGACAGGUCCUGCAGGUCAGGCGGAUGUGGACAAGAGAGCGUCCCUGCCGGUGGGGCCCACGGGUUUGUUCCUAGAGUCCCACUCUGAGCCCAGAGAGGGGGCCCCCGGGCAGGUCCCUGGGGCAGGAGGGUACCCUCAAGAAGCCAACGGCCCCUGCUCGGGGCCCAGCCCUCCUCAGGAGCAGCGGCAGAGCCCGGGGCCAGGGACCACAGCGGAGGGGGACACUGCAAAGGCCCGAGCUGGGAAUGUGGUGGAGGUGGUGUGGGAGGGGCUCCGGGGGCCCCAGGACUGUGUCACAGGUGCUACCGGCCCGGAGUUGGAGGCCAGGGUGGAGCAAGUGGUGUUGGAGGCCUUGAGGGACAGACAGGGGCCCGGCAGCCCCGAGCUCCCUGCCUGGGCACAAGAGAACAGGGGUGUGGUGGAGGUGGUCUGGGAGGGGCUGGGGGGCCGUGACCCUGAGGCCCUGGGUGGUGUGGGCCCAGGGCUCCAGGAACGCCUGGGGGGUGAGGGGUCCCCAGACAGGGAGCCCAACAGGCAGGCAGGACCCGCUGGGGAUGCGGGUUCCUUCAUCUGGGUGGAGAGGGUGACGGUGGGGGAGGAUUGGGAGGAGCUGCUGAUGGAGGGGCUCGAGGGACCCGUGGAGGCUGGCCGGGGGCCCCGGGGGACUGAUGGGGGAGGUGGUGGGGAUACACGGGUAGCAGAGGAGAGGGGGAUAGAGGAGUCUGCAGGAGCAGGCGAGGGGGAGACCGAGGGCAGGCAGGGGAUCGAGCUGGAGCGUCUGCAGGAAGCUGAGCAGGCAGCUUCAGAGCUGGGGGGCGCAGCAGGUGUGCAGAGCGCGGGGGCCCAGCUGGACCUGGACAUACAGGGGGAGACUGCGGAGGGGCCUCCGAGGGCAGAGCCGGGGUGUGGGCAGGAGGAGGAGGCGCAGCCUCCCCGAGGGGCAGAGGCCAAGGCGCCCCUGGGAGCGGAGGAGGAGAGAAGUGAGGGGAAGGGAGAGGGAGAGGCUGAGGCUCCAUCCGGACCCGAGGCCGUGGGCGGAGAGGGGAGUCCUGAUGCUGGGGGAGAGCAGGGCACAGAGGGUGAGGAAGGUGGGGAGCCGGCGGCCCCAGAGCGGGAAGGCAGGGAGGCGGAGCCCUUGGUGACAGCAGGUGGCCAGGGGCUGCCACCGGCAGAAGGGACGGAAGGCGAGGAGCCCUCAGGCCCUGGGACGGAGAGUAGAGCCGAUGAGGAGCCCAGAGUGACAGACAGGACAGAAGGCGAGGGAGUGCUGGGGGCAGAGGGGCUCCCGGGAGCCGUGGAUCUGCAGGACGGAGCUGAGCAGAGGGAAGCAGGAGAGGGGAGCGAGGCUGGGGCGCCCCUUGGGGUCACACAGGAGCUGGCACCGGGGCUCCCAGAGAAGCAGGAGGGCUCGCUGGAAGAGGAGGGGGGUGCACCCCAAUCUCCUGCUGAGGCACAGGGUGCCCCCGGGGAUGCCGUCCCCCUGGUGGUGGAGACCCCAGCCCCGGAGCAGCCCACCGAGAGCCAGCCACUGCUCCCACUCGAGGGACCAGGCCCCAGCACCAGCACCCACCCCGCCCCCACCUACGCCCCCAGCCGGCAGCCCGAGCCCGGCGCCCGAGCAGCGGCCGGCGAGGAGGCCAGCGGGCCCAAGCCCAAGACGUGCCAGUGCUGCGCGGUGAUGUGAGUGCCCACCGCCCAGCGCCUUUCAGCUACCUCGGCCCUGGCACCGGCGGAGGGGUCUGGCACGGACAAGGCCCCGAAGGACUGGCCAGGGCACCUGCGGCCAGCGGCCCGUCCACCUGUGCCUGGGCCUCCAGACUCCUUGCUGGCUGCCUGGGCCCCGCUGCCUCCUGUGACAAAGCCUUUAUACUUGAAAAUAAAAUGUUGGGCACCCA